UAUUUGAUAAAAGCAGACUAGCAGUCUUUUCCGUAUUAAUAGUUUUGUCGUGAACAUCCAAGUGUGAAAUUUUUAGUCAUUUAUUUGUCAGUCUACUAAUCUGGUUUGAUAUACUCUUGUUAAACAGAUAAAAUGUGGAAAAUUCAUUUAUAUUAGUGUGUUUUUCACUGUUUCACAUCCAACAAUACAAUCGUAAGGAGAAACAAAUUUCAACGCUGGUGCACAUUUAUGUAUUGACAAAAAUGCUAUAUUAAUUUGGGUGGCACAUAGGUACUAAAAAUAGUGACCAGUAAUAGCAGCGAUAGCGACAAUUUUAAAAGUGCAACUAGUGCGAAUAAACAGCAUACAUAGGACUUUUUAAAAUCUAAAACAGCCAAUAACUGACAAGUAGUUGAAGCACAAAAUACCGAUUCUGGCAAGCGAUUAUACAGUAGAAAAUAGAACUACGCCCCAAAGGGAUAAAAUACAAGUUGUUUCAAAAAAGUUAGCUGGAAUAUUUUAGACUUUUUGAAAUUUGCAUUCGAAAAAUUCGAGCCGCGAAAAAAUGGACGAGCUCUCGGAGGCAGAACUAAGAUACUAUAAUGACCUGUUCAAAAUAUGCAGUGAGACGUCCGACAGCAGUGGGAAGAUUCCGGCUCUAAAGGCGACAUCAUUAUUUCGCUCUGCAAAUCUUUCCAACGAAAUUAUCAACAAGAUAACAUCACUUGUCGGUAUUCCUCAAACCGCACUGCAUCUGUCUCGACAGCAGUUUUAUGGUUGCCUAAAACUGAUUGCGGCCUAUCAAGCGUCAGUGCCACUGCGCGAAGAGAUUCUCACUUCCACGUUAACUCUCCCAUUGCCACAAUUCAGUUGGAUUGAAUCUCCUACAACACUUCCUGUAUCGGCAUCCGGUGCAGGCUCCACCGCUAGUUCGGUGGGCUCCACCGGGAUGGCACCACCGGAACGAAAUGGGUAUGGCAAUCGAUCUGCAGAUUAUAUUGAGAUGAAAGGCGGCAAAGAUCUAAUUGAACUGGUAACGACUAGUAGCAGUAGUAGUCGUGAAAGAGUUGAUAACAUGUCCAACAGUGGCGAUAUGACCAACUCUGAUCAGCCGAGCACUGAUUCCGAGGUGGAACACAACGACGAUUCAAUACUAAGACUAACUGAACGUCAUCACGUGGUCAAAGUAAAAGGUCAAGGAGUCGGAAAGCUAGUAGGAGGUGGAACCAGCAGUGGAGUCGGUGGUUCUCCAGAGGCGUGGAGUACGGCUAGUGACAGUCCGACGCCAACCAACAGUGUAGCCGAACGUCCAUGGGCAAACCAGGCUCUUUGGCAGGGUUUAGUGUGUGAAGAACAGCGUCAGUUGCUAGGCACAGAAGAAGAGUCUUCUGAUAAACACAGUAGUGAUGAUGACCAAGAUACUGAUUUGGAAUAUUUUUAUCAGAUUUCGCAAACUCAGAAAGAAUAUUACUUGAAACAGUUUAGAACUAUACAGCCUGACGUGCAUGGGUUAGUCAGUGGACAAGUGGCUAGAGUGUUUUUCGAAAAAUCUCGUAUACCAAUAGAAGAGUUGCGACACAUUUGGCAGAUGUGUGAUGUUACACGUGAUGGUGCUUUAAAUUUGGCGGAGUUCACGGCGGCAAUGCAUUUGGUAGUUUUGCGACGAAAUAACAUCCCUGUGCCAAGCACUCUUCCUGGCUGUUUGAUGCCGAGUUUGUUACAGAAUUCAUUGUUACCUGGUGCAAAUACUAGUAAUCAAACUCAACAAAGUGGUAAUUCGACCGGAGGUGCUAGUACUGGUGGAAUUGGGAUAGAAACUGGAAACAGUAUUACCGAUCGUGAACGAAUUGGUCCAGAGGAGGCUGAUUUACUGCAUCUCGAAAGCGAUGAUAAUACUGAUAGCGGUAAUAGGGUAAACAUCGACAAAAAAGACUACCAACGAAUCGUUUCACAUCCGGAACAACUAAAAUUCAGUCAUCAAUUAUCAACAACUGGAAAUUCAAUGGCAACUGCCACACUUGUAUCGGUUGGAAGCAUCGAACACAGUUCACCAACAGUCUCAUCUACAACCGGUAACUCGAAAUUGAUGAACAAUAUAUCCAGUUCUGGUAGAAAAACACCAACCAAUCUGGUAUCUCCACUGCAGCAUUCAAAAACAAAACCCUCGAAAAACGAACAAUCAAUGACACCGCCUAAUAAUUUGAAUAAUAAGGAGUGGAACAUUUCCAGUAAAGAAUGGACCAAAUUUACAGAAUCUCCUACAUCGAACGUUUCUAGUCCUGGACCCAAACCCGUCAACUUUGAUAUGCAACGCACGACUCAGGCAAUUGUAUCUGAUCCACAAAUUUUGCAUCCAGUACCACUACGUGUAACACCUGUUGGUGCUGAAGCUGCAGAUAAUAGCAAUCUAGUCUACAGUGAUGUGACCGUCGGAACUGGCGGUAUUUUGAUAGUACAGCAGGAUGAUUCGAGUCCAAAGCAGCUCACACAACUCCCUCAACAGCCAAUAUCAAACCAACGCGAUUCACUGACCAGCGGGGAUCUUCGUGCUAUUCAAAGACCUCAGCCAAAAAAGCCCCCAUCAAAGGGGGUAGGUGCCAUACCUCCGCCCCCACAACGAGAACCAAGUGUGACCUCUGCCAGCGGUUCAGUGAUCGUGGUAGAUUCUAUGGCUACCUCACUUGAUACAGCCACUUUCAACAGUGUUAUCAACAGUACUGCUGGACACCCAGUCAUGGGAACCGUAAUCAAUAGUGCCAGUAAGAAGGAUCAACCUCCUCCGCCGUUGCCCCCUCCACGACCUGCACAUCACCGUCACACACGAAGCAGCAGUUUAGAUCUGAACAAGCUUAAACUCAACACAACUAGUGGUGUUUCUGGGGCUUCUGGCUUGACCAAACAAUUGGAGGAUCAGUUAAAGAUGCCACCACCACCAGAAGUUCCACCACGCGUCACUCCAACAUCCGAACAACUUUCAGCUGUGCCUGGAUUUGCUGAUUUUGCACAUUUUUCAAAUACAACCACCACUGGUAAAACGCACAUGGUAUCUGCGGAAAAUAACGUCACCACCAUCCUACUGGAUGCCAGCGGCAAUAUGACGACCUCUGCACAUCCUUCUAGGAGCGGUGUUUCAAACUCGCUCAUCGUUGGCACACCAUCGCUGCAAACGGCCUCACGCAACAGCGCUUUCGAGGUUUAUCGUAAGCCUCAGCAGCAACAUUCUCGUGGAUCCCAGUCUCCGCCACAUCCGGUGCCGCCAUUGCUUACAUCCCGUAGUGUUGAAUCAUCCUCACUUGAGUAUGAAAAACGGAUGUUAGCGCUCAGUGACAAUUUGCGGCAGGUUCGUUUAAAGGGUAACGAAUGCUCCAACGGCUCUGAUGUGCUGAAACAUUUGAAAGAACAGAACCUUCUUCUGCUGCGGAUAUGUAACGAUUUAAGCGAGGAACUGCUGCAAAUUCAGCAAAAAAGGGAAGACAUACGGAUAAAAAUUGAAUUGCAGGAACAAAAUUUAGGUGCUGGUACAAGUACAGUGACUGUUAGUGGUGCACACCCUACUAGUAGUAUUUGCUCCUCAAGCCACCAUGCGGUGUGAAAUCGCCAUACUAGGAUUUGUUGACCAUUGAUGAUAAGCUGAAUGUGAAUGAUGUCGAUAUAUAGACUAUCAGCAUGUUAAUUGUGAUUUUGUUCCCCCAGAAAAAAACUGCUACACAAGCGAAGCCUUUUCCUCAACUCAAACACUAUUCCGCUUAGUAGAGAAUCAGCAAAACAUUAAAAUUUUACAUUUUAAACAUUGUUAGCGACCGUAGUAAGUAGAGGGGAAUAUCUCAUGAGAUUUUAAACUGAAUUACACCCACUUUGGAUCGUUGCAGGGAAACGUAGUAUGUAUUUAACAAAAACUAUCAAUCAUUUAUCGUCAGGACUUCGAAAUCAGCGCGAAAUGUUUGUUCAAAAGAAGAAACUUAACAAUACUUUGUGAAAGUAAUUGGUUUUGAUAAGAUUAUGUUAUUAUGUUAAAUAGUGUAUUGAAUCGUAUGAGUAAAUUCAUUAUCGAAAAUAGAAGGAAGUCUUAUCCCG